AUGGUAACUGAUUGUGUUUCAAAAUUUGAGGAUCUUGCUAAUGAACUUAUCUAUGAAAUAUUUGAAUAUCUCGAUUAUUAUCAUAGUUAUCAAGGAUUUUUCAAUCUGCAGUGUCGAUUUCGUACACUUUUUACGCAAUCAACUGUUCCAUUUAAAACUAAUAUUGAUUUUAUUUCUCAAUCAAAUUUUAAUAGUUUCAAUCAAGAUAUAAUUAUACCUAAUAAACAACGAAUUCAUUCUCUUCGAAUAUUAAAUUAUUUCAUGUUUGAUUCUAAUCCUUUUGUUUUAUCUGACAAAAAGUUUCUUCAAACACUUGUUAUCGAAAAUCUUGAACCGUUGGAUUUGUCGUGUAUUCUUCAUCAAUUAAAAUUAUUACCAAAUCUUUCUUCAUUAACUUUUACCACUAUUGACUUUGUUAAAGAUCGAAAUUAUAUUUAUCAACUGAUAUUUCAGUUACCUUCAUUACGAUAUUGCAAAUUAUCAUUAGGUGAAAAACUUGAAUUACUUGUUAUGUUAUAUCCUCGUUUACAACACAUUGAAAUGGGUAUCGCAAUCAAAGAUAUUGGACCAUUACUAAGAUUUAUAGUCGAUGAUGAUAAUUUAAAUACUCGUCAUUUAAUAUCAUUUUGUUUUAUCGAUAGUAAUAGCUGUUCUUUUCAACAUUUGACAGUUUUACUUAGUUCUAAAAUAUUAUUUGGAAAAUGGAAAGUAUUUUAUGUGGAUAAAAAAUCAAAACUAUUUUUAUGGACAUAA